GUUCUAGAUACAUCGAUUUUUUUUUACUGGACGGAGAAACAAAUAUUUUCAUUUCAUUUUAUUUGGCCUUUGAAAUUUUGCAUAUUGAACUUGUGAUAUACAAUCUGUUGAAAUAAUGGCCAACGUAAGCAAAGGAAAUAAUGAAGCAGACGACAAACAUUUUCCGGGAUAUACCGAAGACGCAUUUCCGGAAUUGUUCGAUUCCAGGGCAAUGCCUACGCAACCAAAGGAGCUAAAACCUGGACAAUUACCAGAAGAUCAAAUAAGGGAGUAUUUUGAAAAUGGCUACAUUGUGAUAGAAGAUUUCUUCAAAGAUUCGGAGUUACAACCUAUGAGAGAAUGUAUUAACCAAAUUGUGGACGAUCUCGCUCAGAAAUUGUAUAAAGCAGGGAAAAUCAAAAGUAUGGUUUAUUUCUUAUUCAAAUACAAAAUUGUCUAAGAUGAAU